ACUCACAAAAUAUAGGACCCAGCCACUCUCCCACCCUCUGUCCAUCCUUUCCCCUACAUUUUCUUAAACUUUCUUUCCAACUUCCAUCUGCUUUCAUCAUUGUAGUUCUGUUACGACCUCCACCGUUCAGUAUCUUUGCUUGAGCCCGCAAAUUCUCCUUUUUUGCGAAAGUCUGUUGGCUGGAGCGCCUGAUUCAACCCGUGUAUCCUUCGUGGAGAGCAACAGGCCCCAUAAAAGUCGGUUUAUAUUGUGACUCGUUCUCAACGGGACCCUCAGCUUCACCCCAGAUGUCACUCAGUCGCAUUCUCAACGAUGAGCCUGCUCAGUCGACGACACGCUCUCCUUUUCCUGCCAACGUACACCCCGCGACGAGUCUCCCGCUCAAUGAUGCACUGUCAGAGCGCAAUGGUCCAUCACCGCGCUCAAAUCCCCGUUUAGCGGAGGAGUUUAUAGAGACAUCUGUAUCAGGUUAUAUUGGUCGAGAACGAGAACUAGACCAGUCAGAACGAAUCACGGAUCAGUGGAAUGCUGCAUCCACUCCAGAUGAACCUGGUCAUGACGAGGCCAGACAUGAGGAGGAACCCACACCGAGCAGGAAGCGACGGAGAAAUGUGAAGGAUGACUCCGAUUAUCGUCCUCCAGGUCAACGUCGGUCGUCUCGUAAAUCGUCACAGCGAGCAGCCAAACAACUUAACAAUAUCGAUCACCAUGACUAUACUCCUCCCGAUGAAGAAGGAACUUUUCCAAGACGGCGCGUGGACGACAACCGUCUAGUAUCCUCCGACUUGGAAGACUGUGAAGAGAUAUGGAUCGGAGAGCUUGGUGAAUACAUCCUUCAGACACAGAGACGGUUCAACCAAGUCGAACAGUUCUUCUAUAACAGUACCAAGGAACGUUCGUCUCUUACUGCACAACGAUUGUCGCAUUAUUACGCGGAUAAGCUUGCCAGAAUGCACUCGCCGCCACCACCGCCACCACUCCGUGCACCCCCUCUUGCCAAAUUUGAGGAGUAUCCAGGAGAAUGUAGUGCUCAUCGCGAAAUAGAUCACGACCUGCACAGUUAUGGCGAUUCAAAUCACGAGCUCCAUGACUUGCACGACCCAACAUCUCGAUCUCAUCCCCGUUCUGUGACAAAAAGUGGCAAAGGGAGGGAAAAACGAGGUGUCUCUGAGGACGAGCUUGACAAACCAGCAGCUAACGGUCGCUUUCCCAAGAAACGUAAAGUUGAGAGUUCCCUCGGCGAACUGGUCGAAGACAUGGAUCUGGAUGGGAGUAAGGGCAUCUCAGUGAAGGGUAAAGGGAAGGCACAAACAAGUCUGGACACCACGCCUAAGCUUCGGAAAAAACCUGCUCACAAGAAGAAGUUGGGGCUGCCUGCUGAGUUCGAGUUUGAACUACCCUCCGCCCCUCCUUCUAUUGCAGGAGAUGCAACGCCUCUUACUUCAAGGCCUUCGUCGCCCGCUCCCAUCAACACGUCGGUGAUCCAUGAAUUAGAUGAGCCUGUCAUCCCUUUGAAAAGGGCAAAAAAGAUGGACGAAGCCACAAUGAUCAAAAGAAUCAAAGCAUUAGAAGAAGCUCAGAAGAAGGUCUGGACAAACAUUGCAAGGCGUGAUGUUGCGAAGGUCUAUAAGUAUCAUACCUUAGGCUAUGCUGGAAGAAUGUCUCAGCAUGAACGGAUUGCCAAGCUGGCAUCGCUUCAAGCCCGUCGACCGUUCACUAAAACGGCCAAAGCUACGAAAGACACUCAGGCAAAAGCAAAGCGGCUUAUGAGGGAAAUGCAGGUGUUCUGGCGGAAGAACGAGAGAGAGGAAAGAGAUCUUCGUAAACGGGAACAAAAAGAAGCAAAUGACCGACAGAAGCUUGAAGAGGAGAGGCGUGAAGCUGCUCGUCAGGCACGUAAACUGGAGUUCUUGAUCAGCCAGACAGAAUUGUACAGUCAUUUUGUUGGGAACAAAUUAAAGACCGCUGAAGUGGAAGGUGAGGGCGAGACCCAAACAGCCACUAGCGCACCUGCAGGGGUCCAUGUUGGCGAUUCACCUGAUGGUGCUCUGAAAGAGAUUGAUUUUGAUGAUGAGGAUCAAACGAACCUCUACCGUCACGCGAAGCAUAAUGCUCAGGAGGCCAUCGUGACUGCUCGUCAACGCGCCCAGGAGUUUGACACCCAAGCCGCAUUGGAGAGGAAAACCAAUGAGGCCAUCAAGUUGGCCAAAGAACAAAAACUUGGUCGCGCCGCUGCUGAACAGAGUAAUGCACUGGCCUCUGUGGAUCUUGACUCCGAAGAAUUGAAUUUCCAAAACCCGACGUCACUGAGUGGACCACUUACCAUUGGACAACCCAAGAUGCUAAUGGCUCAGCUCAAAGAAUACCAACUGAAGGGUCUCAAUUGGCUCGCUACACUGUACGAGCAGGGGAUCAAUGGUAUUCUUGCUGACGAAAUGGGUCUCGGGAAGACUGUCCAGUCAAUUUCCCUUUUAUCGUAUCUUGCGGAAACGCACGAUAUUUGGGGGCCUUUCCUUGUCGUCGCACCGGCCUCAACGCUCCAUAAUUGGCAGCAAGAGAUCACUCGCUUUGUGCCAGGACUCAAAGCUUUACCAUACUGGGGUAAUGUCAAGGAUCGUACGACGCUAAGGAAGUUUUGGAGCAAGAAGGAGAUUAGCUACAAUCAAGAUGCUCCAUUCCAUGUUCUGAUCACCAGCUAUCAACUGGUUACACAAGAUCAACAAUACUUCCAGCGUGUCAAGUGGCAAUACAUGAUCCUGGAUGAAGCUCAAAAUAUCAAAAAUUCAUCUAGUGUCAGAUGGAAAACGCUUCUCGGGUUCCACUGCCGAAACAGACUUCUCCUGACCGGGACGCCUAUUCAGAACUCAAUGCAGGAACUAUGGGCCCUACUUCAUUUUAUUAUGCCAAGCCUUUUCGACUCUCACGACGAAUUCAAUGAAUGGUUUUCCAAGGACAUUGAGAACGCUGCUGAAAACAAGGGCAGUAAACUCAACGAACACCAGCUCCGUCGGCUCCACAUGAUAUUGAAGCCGUUCAUGUUACGACGGGUUAAGAAACACGUACAGAACGAACUUAGCGAAAAGAUUGAAAUCGAUAUUUACGUAGACUUAAGUGCACGUCAGAGAGCUCUCUACAAAGCACUUCUGGCCAAUGUCUCGGUGGCCGAUCUGCUCGAGAAGGCUGCCAACAUUGGGGAUGCGGAAUCCGCCAGAUCUCUGAUGAAUCUCGUCAUGCAAUUUAGGAAGGUGUGCAACCAUCCAGAAUUGUUUGAGCGUGCCGACGUGGUUUCUCCCUUCGCAUUUGCUCAUUAUGGACGUACGGGUUCUUUAGCCAGAGAAGGAGAUCUUGUCAGUCUCCCGUACUCGACGCGAAACCCCAUCAGUGUCAAUAUACCAGUGCUGAUGUACCGAGACGGUGGAAUCUUCAACGUACCUCGAGAGGAAUCGGCUCACGAUACAAAUCACUUGUCGAAACUUAUGAGUAUAUGGUCAACCGAGCAUAUUUAUACCUCUCUCUACGAUGAUUCGUCUUAUGCUUUCUCUUUCCUACGUCUGUUGCGGAUGUCCCCGCAAGAAGCCCACUCAUUACACGUAUCUCCACUUAUCAAGAGAACCCUGGCAGCUAUCGACGCAGAAGCACAACUCUUAGAACAAGCAUCUGAUCCUCGUGACCCCGAUGCAUUAGAUACUUUAAUGUUCCGAGCAUACCCGCCUCUUCUCGAGGUCAACUACCGGGCGGAAUCUUAUCCUGAACUUCGUUCCAUAGCAACUACUACGUGGAAGACCUCUUGCCUGUCCCGCCCUGAACUGAGGUGGUACGUUCCCCGAGCGGUCGCCCCGCCUAUUUCUCUCUAUUGCUCCGACCGCACCUUCAUGGAAGAACAAACCCAUUUUUUGGAAGCACCCUUAGAAUCAUUGGCGUUCUAUGGCAUGCCACCCUCUCUAAUCGAUUCGUUCGAGGCAUAUACAGCAUAUCAGCGUCAGCUUCCCAAUAUCCAUCCUGGCGGUCUUUUGGGUGCUUCUCCAACCGACCAGAUCCCUCUCUCAAAGAUGCAGAUCCCUGAGGCCAAGCGUCUUAUCUACGACUCGGCCAAGCUGGCAAGACUCGACUCGUUGCUCCAAGACCUCAAAUCUGGAGGACAUCGUGUGUUGAUUUAUUUCCAGAUGACGCGGAUGAUGGAUCUUAUGGAGGAGUACCUUGUGUAUCGCCAAUACAAGUAUUUGCGGCUGGACGGCUCCUCCAAAAUUGAAGAUAGACGAGAUAUGGUGAUAGACUGGCAAACCAGACCCGAUAUCUUUGUAUUCCUACUCAGUACUCGUGCUGGUGGUCUUGGAAUAAACCUAACAGCGGCUGACACUGUGGUUUUCUAUGAUCACGAUUGGAACCCGUCAAAUGAUGCUCAGGCGAUGGAUCGAGCUCAUCGUUUGGGACAGACUCGACAAGUCACGGUUUACCGCCUCAUCACCCGAGGAACGAUCGAUGAACGCAUUGUCCAACUCGCGCGGGUGAAGAAGGAUGUUCAAGAUAUCGUCGUUGGGAACAAGAACUUCACCGAUGUGGCGAAGCCGAGCGAGAUUGUGCAGCUUCUGCUUAACGAUGAACAUUUGGCUGGCUUGGAGAAAUCUCAGGCUACUGGGGCUAGGAACGGUGGUCCGUCGAAUUCAGGGGGGAACGACUCCAUGCGAGACUUGUGGAAUGAAGAGGGUGACGACUUCUUCGGUGGACAGACGAAUGGAGGGGCUGUCAAUACCCUCGGAAACAUAACUGUAGAAGGAGGCGAGGACGAGAACGGGACGACAGCUGCACGGGGCAAGAAACGAAAAACCGGUGGUUCCCGUGGGGGACGCAAAGGUGGCAAAAAGCGUGGUGGCACGGCAGUGGUUUCAUGA